AUGACUAGCCAUGACACGCCCAGCAUUACAGCCAAGCUGAUCAAUGAGCAGAAGGAGGACAAGGAGAAGAAGAAUCAUGAGGAGAAGGAGAAGAUGAAAGCAGACAGUGGCUUCCAGGACAACUACAGUGUUGUUGUGGCCUCAGGCUUGAAGUCCCAAUCCAAGCGAGCUCUAUCAACCCCUCCCCGACCUCCCUCAAGGAGGGGUCGUGUGAUGAGUGACAAGUUGACUGCUUCGUCUGGUGUAGAUCCUUCAGCUAAAACCAUCAGUGUGCCUGUCUUCCACCUCUACCACAAGCUGCUUCCAGGUCAGCCCCUACCACCCGAGAUGACUCUGGCCCAGCUACUGACACUCCUGUACGACCGCAAGCUGCCGCAAGGCUACCAGUCUAUCAACCUGACAGUCAAACUUGGCUCAAAGGUCAUCUCUGAUCCCGGCCUUUCCAAGACAGACUCCUUCAAGAGGCUACGCACUGAGAAAGUGGAUCACUGUGACAUGCUGAACAGCUGUCCCGAGGACGAACCAAUGACACCCAGUGAAGAAUGUCUCGACGCUGCCACUGACGAGUCCCUGCUGGAGACCAACCCCAUCCAGUCACCACUGCAGGUCUUUGCAGGCAUGGGUGGCCUGGCCCUCAUCGCAGAGAGGCUGCCCAUGCUGUACCCUGAUGUCAUUCAGCAGGUCAGUGCCCCAGUGGUGCCCUCUGCCACACAGGAGAAGCCCAAGGACAGCGACCAGUUUGAGUGGGUAACCAUCGAGCAGUCUGGCGAGCUGGUGUACGAGGCUCCAGAGUCCAUCGCUGCUGAGCCACCACCCAUCAACAAGCAGCAGUCCCAGUCAUCGUCGUCUUCAUCAUCCUCAGUGCAGACCAUGUCACCCAUCCCUGCCCACUCGCUGGCAGCUUUCGGCCUGUUCCUCCGCCUGCCAGGCUACGCGGAGGUGCUUCUGAAGGAGAGAAAGCACGCCCAGUGUCUGCUGCGCCUGGUACUGGGUGUCACAGAUGAUGGAGAGGGCAGUCAUAUCCUGCAGUCUCCAUCAGCCAAUGUGCUGCCCACUCUGCCGUUCCACGUCCUGCGAGCGCUGUUCAGCAGCACUCCUCUAACCACUGAUGACGGCGUGCUGCUACGGCGCAUGGCUCUGGAGAUUGGCGCCAUACACCUCAUCCUGGCCUGCCUGUCAGCUCUUAGUCACCAUGCCCCCCGCAACCCCAACGCCAGCACCAGUGUGUCUGAGCCGCAGAUAUCCAGUUGUCAUGGCGGGGGCACCAGUGAGGAGCAGCAGCUGUAUUGGGCUAAAGGAACUGGUUUUGGUACUGGAUCCACAGCUUCAGGCUGGGAUGUGGAGCAGGCCCUCACCAAGCAACGGUUAGAAGAGGAACACGUCACCUGUCUUCUGCAGGUCUUGGCAAGCUACAUUAACCCAGCAGGCUCCAGCAGUUGCCACAGUGCUGAUGCCUCUUCAUCAGACAGCAGAGCCCACAACAGCUCAGCGCUGCCAGCAGUGCUGCAGGAGCUGUUGAGCCAGUCCUGCCUCAUCCCUGCCAUGUCCUCCUACCUACGCAAUGACUCAGGUAGGCUCUCUGUUUUUAAAAUGAAAGCUUUGGCACACAAAGUAAAAGGGGUAGCAUGAUGGCAUUGGAUGCCA